AUGGCGUCCAUCAAGAUCUUUAGCUUGGCCGUCAAGACCCUCGCCAAACCCAUUGCCAACCAGAUCAAGGCGCAGGCAGCAGAACACGAGAGCUUCCGCAACCUCUGUAUUGGUAUCGCACAGCGUGUCCACCGUGCCGAGGCGCGCAUGCGCAUGGGGCUGCUAAAUGAGGAGGCGAAAAACAUCAAGCCUCUCAAUGACGCAAAAGCUGUGCAGAACGGCGCGUCCAACCUGGCCGAAACGUUCCUGUUCGUGGUCGGCGCGGGACUUGUCCUCGGCGAGACAUACCGCACGUCGCGGAAGAAUGAGAAGCGCCGAGACCAGGUGGCCGACCGCCUGGACAGCCUCGAGGAGGAGAUCCACCAACUGCGUGGAAUGGAGAGCGAGCAGGUCAAGGCGCUCCAAGAACGGAGCAUUGGCUUGGAACGGGCCCUCAAGACGGUGGUGGACAACGGGCUGCGGGCAGGCUGGAUGUCGCUCGGGCAUGACGACAGCGAAGUGCUGCGCCUGCUUGGCCAGCUGCCCGGCCAACCACUAGCCCUGCGCGCCGCCGACGGCAGCGAUAAUUCGUUGUCGUCGUCGUCUCUGGCCACCGACGAGCUGCCCAUGGGUCUGGGUCUGGAUGUGGGCCAUGUGGAUGUGCCUGAAGUGUCGAGCGGGCCUGCGGGGUCGUCCGCUGCGGCCGAGACCACGGCCCAUGGCCCAUGA